CGACAACCCCUCAUAAAGAAUCCCCGAAUCGCUCUCAAACUGAUCGGACGCCUCCGCCGCCUCCGCCGCAUCCUCCGCCAGCGCCCGCCUCUCCUCCGUCGCAACCGGGAGCUGCACCGGGAGCUCGCGACAGAGAAGCGCUCCGGUUCUCGGAGGCGCGAUCCGCGAGCCGAGAGAAGAAGAGGAUGGGAUUGAUCAGGAGCUGCUUCUCGUUCCUAACGGGGACGGCCUUCGGCGUCUACUUGGCGCAGAACUACAACGUGCCCAACAUCAAGAAGCUCACCGAGACCGGCCUCGUGAUCGCGAAGCACAUCGAAGAGAACUACCGGAAGCCCAAGAAGAGAGACGACGACGACGAUUAGGAUCGCGCCGCCGAGAGAUGCCGUUCAAGGAAUUGCGGGUUUUUUGUUACCCUUUUUCUUCUUUUUGGUGUUCUUUAGGAUAACUGUGAUUCAUUCGAUGCGAUUGUGAAUGGGUCCUGAAUCUCAAGCAGAUGAGAGUGGCGAGAGUGUGUUAAAGAUCGAAUUUUUGUACAAGCUUCGCUUGAAAUUGGAGUGGAUACAUAUGCAAUUUUCGAGGUACAGUACGCCCUUUGGAA